AUAAUACACGUUGAUAACGGCGUGCUAUACUUUUGCAUAUUGAUUGAUAUAAAGCAGUAAUAUUUAAAAUUCUUAGGGAACGGUACGUGUGUUUCAUUCGCGGUUUCAUAAACAUGUCCGUAGCUUAUAGCUUCCGCAAGUACAGAAUUGUUUACUGCCUCUUAUUGAAGCACGUGCGAAGGUUGCGAAAAUUUAAAGUAAAAUGCAAAAAUUUGUUCGUUAUGAAGAACACAACUUAGAAAUCGCGUAACGUAAUACGUAUAUCCGUUAAUCUGAUCAUAAACCGGAAGAGGAAUUGUUUUUAAUGAACAUAUGUAUAUUAAGAACUUUGAAAAGCUGUUAUAGUCUGGAUUGCAAUGGCGCUAAAAUAGUGACUUACGGUGAACCUUGCGUUAAGGCUUGCCGACUCCCUUUUCAGAUCCAGGGACCUAAAUCGUGUUCCAAAGAGGAAAAAGCACCUGUGUCGUUGAAUUUUAAAGUAGUUACCGAUAUGUAUACUCAGCCUCGUCAUAUCGAAUAUCCAAUUUCAGUCGACAUGCCGACUACUACUUCAUCACCAUCAGAAAAACUUAGCAUGGAAGAUACUUUACGUGGAGAAGUUUAUGCGUACAAUACUUACGUUCCCCCCGCUGGUAAUCCUUCGUUACCUUCAAAGAAUUAUAACUUUCAAGUUGAAAAUCCAAUUACAACAGACGACGUUACGUCUGAUGAUGAGUGCGAAACCACAGUUAAACGACUGAAAGGACUUCAAUCCCGAAUUGACCGAAUACUCGUUCCUGCAUGUGAAGUUUCAUCGUUAUCAUGUUCAUAAAUUUUGAUAACAUGAAAUUAACAUAAAACGGAUAAAGUAAUGCAAUAAAAUACAAUAACAACACUAAGGUACAAAAGCGUUAAAAUAAAUUUGAUAUGAUAAA